AUGAAGAACAUUUGGCCAUCAAGUUUGCCUCAUGCGAAUGCAGCUCUUUUUCAUUGUCGUCUUGUAUUCUACCUAACUUCUUUGUAUUAUGCAUGUCACAACAGUUUAUAUGUUUCAAGUCGAUCAAUAGAAAAUGCAUACUGGGUUCCGGAUUUAUUUUCGUACACUAGAGAUUUACUCGAUCAAGAUUGGGAUACGUCUAUCAAAUGGAAAGGUCAAACCUAUCGUGACUGCCUUCAAGCAUUACUUUCAUUCCAUCUUCGUUGUCACUUUUAUCGAUAUGAAGAGCGGUGUUCUUUAUCGCAUUCAACUAAUUUUCUAGUUGAAUUUACACAAAAACGUCUGGUCCCUGCUGUUCAGCGUUAUAAGAAUAUUAACGAUACUUCCACUCUCAAUGACAUAUCUGAUGCACCAGUUACCUCCUAUCGAACUUUAAAUCGACAGACUAUUGACGUGUACUGCCGAGAGGUGAUGGAAACUGUCGUCUGGAUUUCAAAACAUUUAUGUAAUUUGGCGAAACGCGUAAGUAAUCCAACAAAUUUGGUCCAUUUAGAUGAAAGCUCUAUUGUUGCCCAGUGGAACCAGUGUGUUGAAGUAUUAUGUUGUAUCACAAAUUUCUUUCAAAAAUCCACAAGACAAAGGCUACUGAAAGGUGCUAUGCCUUUACUAAGCAGCCUGUUCAGACAUCGUGGUGUGGAGGUUACCACCUUCUUGAAGAAUACACAGCAACUGACUCGUUUCCUGCAGCGUAUAUGUAAUCAUGCCAAAGCAUAUCGCGAUUCUCAACUAACCAACCAAAUUCCGGCUACAAGACGGUGUUUAGAAACAUUUGUUUACAAAGUCAAGAUAAUGCUGUCCCAAAAUCAUUGUCUUGAAGCUUUUUGGCUUGGAACAUUGAAAAAUCGGGAUCUGCAUGGAGUCGAACUCCCAGAUGACAAUGAUUCUAUUGAAAGUGAUACUGAGGCACCUAGUACUACUUACCAGGAUGAUUCAUGUUCAGUUAGUUGUUCUCGGUCUUCGUUUGGGGAUAACCGUAAUUCUACAUCAUACCAAGCAGUGGAAAAGCUAUCUUCAACGUCAAGAAAAGGUCGUUCUAGUACCAUGAAUCAGGUUAUUCUGGGUCAUGUUGAUGGAGAAUCAGUGGAACAAGAAGUGGAAGAACUUGACGAUGAAACUGUUGAGGAAGGUGCUGUUUUAGACGACGAAGAAGAUCUUACUGAAGAUGACGGAAACAGUGAUGUCCUAGAGGCAACAGACGAAGAAUACUGA